AUGGCUCGUAAGCGUAAGGGGCAGGCACUUAACGACUGCCCCAAGGAUCUUAAUGACAUACCGUACAUCCGCUGGAUGAACCAGCAGAUCGCCAACGGUCGCCAUCCCAAGGGAUUAUCCGCGCCUCCCGCGCUUGACGGCCAGGGAUCCACCGCACAGUCGCCCACAGCGGCCCCGUCACGUGUGCGCCGUCAGCCUUCAAGGACGACAGCAUCGCACCGGCCAGUUGUGGAGCAAUACGACGACGAUGCUGAUGAUGACGACCACGAAGAAGCUGAUGACUCCGACGACGAGUCGGAGGAGCCCAAAGACCAUGGAAUGUCGCCCAGCGACGACGACGACGAAGUCGAAGAGGAUGCCGAGGAGGACGCACAGGAGGAAGUACAGCCUGUCGCUCAACCGCCGAAACGGAGCGCAGCACGCAAACAAGCGUCCAACAAGGGCAAAGCCAAGGCAGCGAAACCUGCAGCGCGCCCUGAGCCGCGGAAGAAACGGGCGGUAGCACCUGACGAGCGUGGAUUAUGGUCCGACAAGGAGAGCACCAUUUUCGCCGCGGCGAAAUGGUUCAUGAAAGAUGAGCUUGAGCCACUCAAAGGGAAGCAGGGGACACAAUAUUUGGCCCGGUUGCUUGCACACAUCAAGGAGUCUAAUCCUGGAUGGUGUAGGGGGGUCAACGCCCUGCAGAAGCAGUGGCGUAACUUGAUGCUCCUUUGGCGGGAGUAUAAGCGCGCCGACGGGGGGUCGGGCAACGGCUCGGUGGAGAAACCACCAUGGUAUCCUUACCUGGACCUGCACAACCAAGACACCGCCGCAGCCGCACCGCAUGCGGUAGACGGUGGCGGUGCGACCAACGUCAACGUGCCGGUCGGCAUGGAGGUUCCAACCUCGUCCCAGCCUGGCACAUCUACGCCAUGCUUUACGGCUCCGCCGCCGACGAACACCGCCACACCCAAGCGCGCCCGGGUGCAUGAGACGGUUUCCAUGCAAGCGGCUAUGUUGGUGUCCGCCACCAUCAAGGAUUGCCACAGCGAUGCGAUGCGAGUCGUCGAGGGCCUCGUCCGUGAAUGGAUGGCGCAAGACCUGCGGCUUGCCCGCGAGCGCAUGUCUGACUCGGCCCCCCCUGAUGUGCACCGCGCGCCGCCGGACUUAUCCCCACCACCGCCGCGCGGGGAGUCCGCGCCACCCCCCGAAACCGCACGGCUGCGAGAGGAUGUGGGCGACGAGCACACCGUCACUCCGGCGACCGAGGAUGUGGAGAUAUGGGUGCGUGGCGUCGACGAUUAG